UAGUUCACGUUUAGACUGGGCGCAUGCGCACAACCCAAGGGCCCCUGACAUUCGUAAUGCGCACGCGUAAAGGGAGCGUCACUGCCGACGCGCAUGCUCACCGCAGUGGCAUUAGAGAGCGAGAAAAUGGCGGCUGCUGUGGAAAAGAUCCUUGGAGAACAGUAUUACAAGGAUGCAAUGGAGCAGUGCCACAACUAUAACGCUCGCCUGUGUGCAGAGCGUAGUGUCCGAAUGCCUUUCUUAGAUUCUCAGACUGGGGUGGCUCAAAGCAACUGCUACAUUUGGAUGGAGAAGAGACAUCGUGGACAAGCUUCUGCGCCAGGGCAGCUUUAUACAUAUCCGUCCCGACGCUGGAGGAAAAAGAGGAGGGCUCAUCCACCUGAAGAUCCCCGGCUCUCUUUCCCAUCUCUUAAACCAGACCCCGAGCAGAUGUUAAAGAAAGAGGGCUUAAUACCACCAGACGGCAGUAGCCUUGAAGCUCUUCUGCGUUCAGACCCCAUCGAGAAGAGAAUUAUCCCAGAUCCCCGGGAUGACGACAGCCUUACUGAGUUCCCAACUCUUUCCAGAAGCGCACGGAAGGUACAGGCCUACGGCGAGCGUCAGCGUUACGUAGCGAAAGGGAUUAUCACGCGUAUCUUGGAGCCUGACGAUUUCUUAGAUGACCUGGAUGAUGAAGAUUAUGAAGAGGAUACACCCAAAAGACGUAAAGGCAAAUCAAAGGGUAAAGGUAUAGGUGGUGCAAGAAAAAAGUUGGAUGCAGCUGCCCUGGAUGAUAGAGAUAAACCAUACGCUUGUGACAUCUGUGGAAAACGCUAUAAAAACAGGCCUGGCUUGAGCUAUCAUUAUGCCCACUCACACCUUGUGGAUGAAGAAGGUGCCGGAGCAGAAGAUAAGGAGGAUUCCCAGCCUCCCACCCCUAUCAUGCACAGAUCAGAGGAACAGAAAUCUAAAAAGGGCCCAGAUGGUCUUGCACUGCCAAAUAACUAUUGUGACUUCUGCCUUGGAGACUCUAACACGAACAAGAAAUCGAACCAGCCUGAAGAGCUUGUGUCCUGCUCAGACUGUGGCCGUUCUGGGCAUCCUUCCUGCUUGCAGUUCACCCCUGUGAUGAUGGCGGCAGUUAAGACUUAUCGUUGGCAGUGCAUUGAGUGCAAAUGUUGUAAUAUCUGCGGCACCUCUGAGAAUGACGAUCAGUUGCUGUUCUGUGACGACUGUGACCGUGGUUAUCAUAUGUAUUGCCUUUCCCCGCCUGUUGCUGAACCACCUGAAGGAAGCUGGAGUUGUCACCUGUGUCUGGAUCUUCUAAAGGACAAAGCAUCAAUUUACCAGAAGCAGUCCUGACAGGUGUCCUCGAAGGCAAACCGCCUGAGGGAAGAAAGACGACUCUCUUUGUCCCUUGACCCCAGGACUGGAAAAUCCACCCAGAAAUGAAAUAGGAGAAUACAGAGGCGUGGCCCCACGCUUACCUCUACAGAGAUGAAGUGUGUGUAUGUGUGUGUUUGUGUGCCUACACGCAUACACACAUUUAUGCACACUUUAGUUCUGUUCUACUUUUUGUCUUUUAAUACCUACAGUAGCCUUGUAUCAUAGAUGAAGAUUGUCACAAGUUAGUAAUGUAGUCACCACUGUGCACUUGUAUGGUGGAAUGAACAUUGUUUUGAUUCCCUGUGUAGACUCCACACGGUGCCAUUUUCUUUACUGAUUCGGGAGCAGGUAGAGACCAUCUUUCUCUUGCAGUUAUCUGCACUAGUAAUACUGAUUCAGCCGGUGCUCCCUAAUCAUUUCUUCCCACACACUUCCAAUAUUUUCUUCCAUCAUUCCCUCUAGGGCAAGGAUUGGCAGCUUUGUGAUAUCUUGCUGGAAGUUGUAAUUUUGCCCCAGGCUGCCUAUCCCUGUUCUGGUUGGCCAGACUAACCAGAUUUUGUUAACGUGUUAACUGUGCACUGUUGUUAAAGGGGAACUCCACACAAACAUAACUGCAGCUUUUAGAAAAGUAAACACAAUUUCAAGCAACUUUGCAAUAUACAUCAAUUAAAAAAUAUGCAGAGGUUUUGUGGUUUUUAAAGGCCAUGUAAAGGCAAAAAAAUAAAAUCCCAUUUUUUUUCCUUCCUUUAAUGAAAAAUAAACUUAUCUCCAAUAUACUUUAAUUAAAAAAUGUGUACCGUUUUUAUAAGAAACCUGACUGUAUGCAGUAACAUUCCCCCUUCGUUUACUGCUGUGGAUAGAUUUUGUCCCUAACUGCUGUGUAGGGAAACAAUCAUACUUAUGAACAGCAGGGGGAGCCCUUCCCAGCCAUGCAGAACUCAAGCAGCUUUGUUUGUUUCCCUGUAGAGCAGUCGGCGACUGUGUAGAGAUUUGUAUUGGAUUUUAUUUUUGCCUUUACAUCCCCUUUACUGUUUCCAACUCCAGCUGCAGGGACAAAGAUCAUGGAGCCAGAUUUAAACAGAUAAACUGGGAUUCUAUUUGGAGGAUUAUUUUUGCUGGUUCUGGAGAGUUGGACAAAGUUUGUAUUAAACAAUAGAAAAACUAUAAAAUCCACAUUAGAUUACAUGACAACACAGGGCCCAGUGCAGUCUGUAUAUUCUGAUUAUUAAUCAGUCUUGUGUAUCGGCUUCUGGCAGAUAUUAUUUGACUUGUGCUGUUUUGAUCAUUUAUGACGAUCCCUAAGCAGCCCAGAUCACACUGAGCAUGUCCCUCCUUCCCUGCCAGGAUUUCAAAUGAUGCAGAAAGAGAAGAACGGUUAAACAGCUGGAUUUCAGCAUAGAAAAUGCCAUUUAUUUAUACUUUUUUGAAGAAACGGGUAACUGUGAUGGGUUUAUUAGAGGUUUCUGUGUUAUGUGGCCUCUAUCAAAUUUUGGUUCCCCUUUAAUUUUCCAGUGAUUGUAUAUUUCUAACAACUGGCUGAUAAAACAGGGACAACAGAGAAAUAUAACGGCAUAUUUUAUCUUGUGUUACAGUAUGUUGCUUUAGGGCACUUCACUUUUUGUGGUUAUUAGCAUUAUGUCUAUAAGGGGUCGUAAAGGUGUUUCAUGCUGUAAAAAAGAUACUUCAGUCUCUCGACGUAACACUGCUGCUAUAAUUACCUGAGACUGAAGUCACAUCAUGUAAUAAAAACAGUUGCUCUUUGCAAUCAGCCUAAUCCUGCUUGUCAAAUAAACUGCCAGAAAGCAAUGUCAUUAGAGGUGACAGUUUGACAUCAGAGACAUGUAAAGCCCU